CUGGGGUUGUCUGGGUCCAGCAUUAGGGUUCCGUCUGAACGUGCACGGGGCACCUCAAGGCCAAUGCUUUCGUAGUCCCUCAGUCCGAGAUGCAUGUGGAAUUUUGGAAUAACCAGCAUCUAUACAUCAGUGAGCAUUCCACUGCACAUUUCAACAUCAGGAACGAAGAGGUGGUGGUCAUUGAAGGUCCCCACUCAGAUGUAGAUGAUAUGACCCAUCUACUCACCGGAUUUUAUGUCAACGAUAACGAGACACAUCAUUGAA